AUGGAGCGGCAAACUAGCCCCUCAGAUGACGCCCAGCGAUGGCAGCCAUCCUACCAUUUCACUGCCCCCCACGGGUGGAUGAAUGACCCGUGCGGUCUAGGUUAUGAUCCUGCAACCGGUGUCUAUCACCUGUCAUUCCAGUGGAACCCGAAAGGCAAUGACUGGGGAAAUAUAUCCUGGGGGCACGCUGUGUCUAAUGAUCUGCUCCAUUGGGAGGUUUAUCCGGAGCCAUGUCUGCAGCCCACCACCGAAUAUGACCGAUGUGGCGUCUUUACGGGCUGCUUUCGACCCAAUGCUGUAGAUGGGGCUCCGAAUGCCCUGACUGCUAUAUACACAUCAGUGAAGCGCCUUCCCAUUCAUUACACGCUGCCGUAUGUGCCUGGCUCCGAAUCGGUCAGUUUAGCCACUUCGCAUGACCAGGGUUUGACAUGGCAGCGUCUCGACUGCAACCCAAUUAUAGCACGCUCACCCCCAAAUGUCAAAGUAGCAGGCUGGCGGGAUCCUUUUGUGGGUGCCUGGCAGUUCAUGCGGGAACAGCCGGAAGCUUUUCCAUCCUCCGACCUCUGCGGUCUGAUCUCCGGAGGUAUCGCCGGACAGACCCCAACAGCUUUUGUAUAUUCCAUCAAUCCUCACGACUUACGACAGUGGAAGUACCUGGGGCCGCUGGUUGAUGUUGGACUCAAUUUCAACCCCUCCCGUUGGUCCAGCGACUUGGGGGUCAACUGGGAAGUCGUCAACUGGAUUCCCAUGACAGACGACGAGGAUGUUACUCGGUUGUUCAUCCUCAUGGGGGCUGAGGGAGGUCUUGCAUCUGACAAAAGCCAGAAAAAGUCACCUCGAGCACAGCUUUGGAUGUCAAUCAAGCCGUGCUUUAGCACCCAACCGCAUAGCAAUACCGACCCUCUCGCAUCCUAUGCAUUUUCCGGGGUCUUUGAUCACGGUUGCGGCUAUGCGGCAAAUAGCUUUUGGGACCCGGUCACAGGCCAGCAGAUAGUCUAUUGCUGGAUUACAGAAGAUAACCUGCCAGAUGACCUUAGGCACCAACAAGGAUGGAGCGGCAUGUUGUCUAUCCCACGAGUAGUGAAACUAAUCACUCUGCGCCAUGUUAAGCGAGCCCGGCGUUCAGAGCUGAAUGCUAUCACCUCGAUCGAAACAGAAGAAGAGAGACAACAAACCUUCACCAUCCGAACGCUGGGUGUUCUCCCAGAUCCACGACUUAAAGCUCUUCGCAGUAAGACGAACAGCAUGCAUAUCGAUCACCUGCCCCUAAGCAAAUCCGACAAUCGUAUCUCUCCACCCAAAGCCCACUUUCCUAUAACGACAUCCAGAUGGGAAGUCCAUGCCAAAUUCUCCGUCAGUAACCAAUGCGGGAGAGUAGGCAUAGAAGUCCUCCAUGGCACCAUCCACCAACACAAACCAGCCCUUUCAGACCCGCCGCGCCGUACUCUUCUAUACUGGGACCCAGCCAGCGAAACCUUCUGUAUCCAACGACCAAGUCCGCAUGACCCCCGCAUCAAUCAUGAACUAGUGACCGCUGCCCAUACGCUAUUUACGUUUGAAACCCCAUCCGGCGAACAAAAGGAAGAGGCGCUACAGAUCCACGCAUUCUGGGAUACGAGCGUGCUCGAAGUGUUUGUGAACGAGCGCACCGUCAUCUCCACCCGCAUCUAUCUGCCACCUGACCAAGCGUCCCAGUGUGCACUGCGUUUCUUCGCCGAGGGAGAGACCGACCAUGAUGAUCCUCCGGCUGUGGUUCUACAGGCAGAUAGUUGGGAUGGAUUGGGCCUCGACAAGCAUGAUUGUGUCUCGUUGAUCGAGCAAUUGAGAACGAGGAAGAAGUCGAUGCGCGAGUGA